UGCCACGGUAACCCUGAUUGGCUGAACCGCUGUCACCCUGGGCCAAUCAGAGUUGAAUGCGUUCAGUGCGAGUAAAAUAAAUCGUUUGAUAUUCAUUUAUAUCGCAACAUGAAAUACACAUUUUAUUUGUUGUUUUUGUGUGCAUCGAUGUACCGUUUUUCUAUGUGGACGGUUGUUGUUUUUCUUCCGUGCGGGGAAUGAGAAGAGUAUCCUACCGAUGCGGACUUUAGUGGAGAAGUAUCGUUAACGGAACGGUACCGGGUGGCAAUGGCGGCCAGUCUGCCGGAGAGAGAGAGCGAUGAUGGAGACUUCUACCGGAGAGGCAGCGGAUCGGUUCUAGAUUCUCCACCAACCUGAGUGAUGCCGUGGCCUUGUGCCUCGCAGUUAGACAAUGAACCGAUUCCCCCGACCUGCCAGAUGACCGGGACCGCUCUCUCUGACACUACCAGACCGCUGCAGUCGACCGGACCGCUGACCACGUUGCCUGACCGGGCCGCUGACCGCGUUGCCUGACCGGGGUUGUGACCGUACUGCGUGUAGGGGUGAUGGAGUACCACAGUAGUGGUAGCCUGCCCCUGCUGGGUCGACCCAGGUACUGCUCUGGGGCCAGCUCCAACGGAGGAUACCUCUGUGAGACAGGACACUGCUGUGGGGAGACAGGCUGCUGCACCUAUUACUAUGAACUGUGGUGGUUCUGGCUGCUGUGGACAGUUCUGAUCCUGUUCAGUUGUUGCUGUGCUUACCGACACCGCCGGGCUAAACUCAGAGUCCAACAGCAGCAGAGACAGAGAGAGAUCAACCUACUGGCCUACCAUGGAGCUACAUCCUACCCCUCCUCCAUGUUAGACCUCAGUUUCCUGGCGUCUCUGAAGCUCCCGUCCUAUGAAGAGGUAGCAGCUCAGCCCUCCACUCCCCCACCUCCCUACAGCACUGUGUUCGCUGCCCAGGGGGGUGCCGCUCGCUACCCCCAGCCACCCCACCAUCCCCCGGGAUCACACCCCCACCCAGGCACCAGCGCCAGCGCUGCACCGUCCUCCUUCAGCUCUGACAACAGCUCCAGCUGUUCCUGUGAGUCUUGCUGUCCAUCUUCUCCCUGUAGCACCUACGAGACCGACACAAGCCGCGCUUCCACGCCCACAACACUGUCCCGAUACGCUGCAGAGACCACUGCUGCUGUUGUCCUGGAGACAGUUGCCACGGUAACAUCCUCGGAGACGAUCGUCUCGGUAUCUUCAGAGACAGAGGCGCAUGUUGCCGGCGGCAACGGGAGGGGUGUUGUUGCCGAUGAUGCGUUUAGUGUUGUUAUAACCUCAGAGGCCGACAAUAACUUAAGCGAACAAUCUACAGAACCUGCACAGGUGCACUACUUUCCCGGUGCUACCAUGGAAACUGUUACUAUGGAGACAGAUGUCUGUAAUGUAGCUCCUCUCUCUUCUCGUACCUCACCCACGUCUACAGAACACCCUCUUGUUGCUACGACAACAGAACACCCUCUAGCUGGGACUGCUUGUCCUUCAACCAAUCCAGGCCACGACAGACCAUCCUCUCCCCACAGCCCCUCCCCCACACCAUCCUCUCCACACAACCCCUCCCCCACACCAUCCUCUCCACACAACCCCUCCCCCAUACCAUCCUCUCUCCUUUACCCUACCCCCACCCCCACCUCUGCUGUCCCCUCCCCUACCACUCCCACCUCUGCUGACCCCUCCCCUACCACCCCCACCUCUGCUGACCCCUCCCCUACCACCCCCACCUCUGCUGACCCCUCCCCUACCACCCCCACCUCUGCUGACCCCUCCCCUGCCCAAGCUCCUACCCUAACCCUAGCCUCUCCAGCUCCUACCCUCUCUGCUCCGCUCUCUCCAGCCCCUACCCCCUCUGCUCCGGUCUCUCCAGACCCUACCCCCUCUGCCCCGGUCUCUCCAGACCCUACCCCCUCUGCUCCGGUCUCUCCAGACCCUACCCCCUCUGCCCCGGUCUCUCCAGCUCCUACCCCCUCUGCUCCGGUCUCUCCAGACCCUACCCCCUCUGCCCCGGUCUCUCCAGACCCUACCCCCUCUGCCCCGGUCUCUCCAGACCCUACCCCCUCUGCCCCGGUCUCUCCAGCUCCUACCCCCUCUGCCCCGGUCUCUCCAGCUCCUACCCCCUCUGCCCCGGUCUCUCCAGCUCCUACCCCCUCUGCCCCGGUCUCUCCAGCUCCUACCCCCUCUGCCCCGGUCUCUCCAGCUCCUACCCCCUCUGCCCCGGUCUCUCCAGACCCUACCCCCUCUGCUCCGGUCUCUCCAGACCCUACCCCCUCUGCUCCGGUCUCUCCAGCUCCUACCCCCUCUGCCCCGGUCUCUCCAGCUCCUACCCCCUCUGCCCCGGUCUCUCCAGACCCUACCCCCUCUGCUCCGGUCUCUCCAGACCCUACCCCCUCUGCUCCGGUCUCUCCAGCUCCUACCCCCUCUGCCCCGGUCUCUCCAGACCUUACCCCCUCUGCCCCGGUCUCUCCAGCUCCUACCCCCUCUGCCCCGGUCUCUCCAGCUCCUAACCCCUCUGCUCCGGUCUCUCCAGACCCUACCCCCUCUGCUCCGGUCUCUCCCUCCUGCUUUCCUCCCCCUGUCUUCCCCUUGUCCUCGCCUCCCCCUGUCUCCCCCUCCCCCUCAUCUCCUCCCCCCUUCUCCCCCUCUUCCUCCUCUCCUCCCCCUGUCUUCCCCUUGUCCUCUCCUCCCCCCUUCUCCCCCUCCUCUCCUCCCCCCUUCUCCCCCUCUUCCUCCUCUCCUCCCCCUGUCUCCCCCAGGCCCACCCAGUCUCCCCCCAAGCAGACCCUGUUCUCCCCCUGUGUGGACGUGUAUCAGCUUGUCCCCCACACCUACAGGAGCGAGGGAGAGGAGGAGGAGGAAGAGCAGGAGGAAGUUGGGGCUGAUGAGAGUCAAUACCGCCACCGUCGUCUGACCGGGGACUCAGGCAUCGAGGUGUGUCGCUGUCAGGUUGAGGAAGACGAGGAGGAGGAGGAAGAGGAGGAGAGAGAGGAGGAAGCGGGGGAAGGGAGGAGAGGAGGAGGGGGGGAUGAAGGAGAGGAGGGGGUGAGCGAGCUCCAUGACAGCCUGGACUGUCCGGUUAGAGGUCAGGGGUCAGGGGAGGGACUAACCCUGUGUAGCCCCGCCCCAGGAGACACCCCGUUGGCUGAGGAGGAUUCUGUGGUGAUCAUCAUGGAGAGCGUGUGAUGGACAGCUGAGCGGAGUCAGUGGACUAAACCAUUUUCAUCCUGAACGGGGGGGGGGGGGGUCCAAGUGAACGGAAAAACCCCCCACAACAACAACUUUGUAAAACUGUUUUAUUAGGUUCCACAACACUGGGGAUCCUGAACAUAGCUCUGAUGUGUGGAUCAGACACAGGAGGGCCCAACAUGAGGCUCCUGUCCUGAGCUACAGGAGAUACAGUCAAGAUGGUUCACUGGUUCUGUGGAGGGAUUUAGCACAGAGGCAGAUUAUUUUGGCGUCUGACACAAAUGGUACUCUAUAAAAUAGUGGACUACUUUUGAUCAGGGGCAUACUCUAUCCCCUAUCCCCUAUCCCCUACAUAGUGCACUACUUUUGAUCAGAGGCAUACUCUACCCCCGACAUAGUGCACUACUUUUGACCAGAUCCCACAUAGGGAGCUGUGGAAAAGGGUUCCAUUUGAGACUGUGUGUGCCUGGUCAUAGUGUUGUUAAUCUAACCUGGUCGUUAAUAUAACCUGGUCGUGGUGUUGUUAAUCUAACCUGGUCGUUAAUAUAACCUGGUUGUAGUGUUGUUAAUCUAACCUGGUCGUAGUGUUGUUAAUCUAACCUGGUUGUAGUGUUGUUAAUCUAAUCUGGUCGUUAAUCUAACCUGGUCGUAGUGUUGUUAAUCUAACCUGGUUGCAGUGUUGUUAAUCUAACCUGGUUGUAGUGUUGUUAAUCUAACCUGGUCGUUAAUAUAACCUGGUCGUUAAUCUAACCUGGUUGUAGUGUUGUUAAUCUAACCUGGUCGUAGUGUUGUUAAUCUAACCUGGUUGUAGUGUUGUUAAUCUAAUCUGGUCGUUAAUCUAACCUGGUCGUAGUGUUGUUAAUCUAACCUGGUUGUAGUGUUGUUAAUCUAACCUGGUUGUAGUGUUGUUAAUCUAAUCUGGUCGUUAAUCUAACCUGGUUGUAGUGUUGUUAAUCUAACCUGGUCGUAGUGUUGUUAAUGUAACCUGGCCGUAGUGUUGUUAAUCUAACCUGGUCGUUAAUCUAACCUGGUUGUAGUGUUGUUAAUCUAACCUGGUCGUAGUGUUGUUAAUCUAACCUGGCCGUAGUGUUGUUAAUCUAACCUGGUCGUUAAUCUAACCUGGUCGUAGUGUUGUUAAUCUAACCUGGUCGUAGUGUUGUUAAUCUAACCUGGUCAUAGUGUUGUUAAUAUAACCUGUUGUAGUGUUGUUAAUCUAACCUGGUCGUAGUGUUGUUAAUCUAACCUGGUCAUAGUGUUGUUAAUAUAACCUGUUGUAGUGUUGUUAAUCUAAUCUGGUCGUAGUGUUGUUUAUCUAACCUGGUCGUAGUGUUGUUAAUCUAACCUGGUCGUAGUGUUGUUAAUCUAACCUGGUCGUAGUGUUGUUAAUGGUUCAGUUAUCCUGGAGAUAAAGAUCUGUUACUUUACAACCCGGUCUAGAAAGACAUUACAACCUGGUCUAGAGAGACAUUACAACCUGGUCUAGAGAGACAUUACAACCUGGUCUAGAGAGACACUAGAACCUGGUCUAGAGAGACACUACAACCCGGUCUAGAAAGACAUUACAACCUGGUCUAGAGAGACACUACAACCUGGUCUACAGAGACACUACAACCUGGUCUAGAGAGACACUACAGAGAUACUACAACCUGGUCUACAGAGACACUACAACCUGGUCUAGAAAGACAUUACAACCCGGUCUAGAGAGACAUUACAACCUGGUCUAGAGAGACACUACAACCUGGUCUAGAGAGACACUACAGAGAUACUACAACCUGGUCUAGAGAGACACUACAACCUGGUCUAGAGAGACACUACAACCUGGUCUAGAGAGACAUUACAACCUGGUCUACAGAGACACUACAACCUGGUCUAGAGAGACACUACAACCUGGUCUAGAGAGACACUAGAGAGACACUACAACCUGGUCUACAGAGACACUACAACCUGGUCUAGAGAGACACUACAGAGACACUACAACCUGGUCUAGAGAGACACUACAACCUGGUCUAGAGAGACACUACAGAGACACUACAACCUGGUCUAGAGAGACACUACAGAGACACUACAACCUGGUCUAGAGAGACACUACAGAGACACUACAACCUGGUCUAGAGAGACACUACAACCUGGUCUAGAGAGACACUACAACCUGGUCUAGAGAGACACUACAACCUGGUCUACAGAGAUACUACAACCUGGUCUAGAGAGACACUACAGAGACACUACAACCUGGUCUACAGAGACACUACAACCUGGUCUAGAGAGACACUACAACCUGGUCUAGAGAGACACUACAACCUGGUCUAGAGAGACACUACAACCUGGUCUAGAGAGACACUACAACCUGGUCUACAGAGACACUACAACCUGGUCUACAGAGACACUACAACCUGGUCUAGAGAGACACUACAGAGACACUACAACCUGGUCUAGAGAGACACUACAACCUGGUCUAGAGAGACACUACAACCUGGUCUAGAGAGACACUACAGAGACACUACAACCUGGUCUAGAGAGACACUACAACCUGGUCUAGAGAGACACUACAACCUGGUCUAGAGAGACACUACAACCUGGUCUAGAGAGACACUACAACCUGGUCUAGAGAGACACUACAACCUGGUCUACAGAGAUACUACAACCUGGUCUAGAGAGACACUACAGAGACACUACAACCUGGUCUACAGAGACACUACAACCUGGUCUAGAGAGACACUACAACCUGGUCUAGAGAGACACUACAACCUGGUCUAAAAAGACACUACAACCUGGUCUAGAGAGACACUACAACCUGGUCUACAGAGACACUACAGAGACACUACAACCUGGUCUACAGAGACACUACAACCUGGUCUAGAGAGACACUACAACCUGGUCUACAGAGACACUACAACCUGGUCUACAGAGACACCACAACCUGGUCUAGAGAGACACUACAGAGACACUACAGAGACACUACAGAGACACUACAGAGACACUACAGAGACACUACAGAGACACUACAGAGACACUACAACACAAAGAGAGGAGAGAAGACAAACUCUCUGUCUCUCUCGCGUCAGAUCAGAACAAUGCAUGUUAUGUGGCCUGUGUUUGAACUCAGUGUCACAAUGGUCCCCUCAGUCCCCCGGACACACACACCGACCAUUUCACCGCCUGUAGUUCUGUUAACAUCACUAGCUCUGUCUCUCUCAUAGUAACCAUAGUAACAGUGUAUAACACCAGCCAAUAGCAAGGCAAUAACCUGACUACCAUGUGACUAAACCUGCUGUGGAACUCUGGGUAGUGUAGUGUGACAGUGUGACUCCACCGGACCAGACAGGGAUCUUGUCAGUGUGUCUAUCUGACUGUAGUAGUGUUCAUGUUUUAGAACGGACAGGAUCCACAGGAAUGUUCUAGAACUGACAGGGUCCACAGGAAUGUUCUAGAACGGACAGGAUCCACAGGAAUGUUCUAGAACGGACAGGAUCCACCGGAAUGUUCUAGAACUGACAGGGUCAACAGGAAUGUUCUAGAACUGACAGGGUCAACAGGAAUGUUCUAGAACGGACAGGAUCCACAGGAAUGUUCUAGAACUGCCAGGGUCAACAGGAAUGUUCUAGAACUGACAGGGUCAACAGGAAUGUUCUAGAACUGCCAGGGUCAACAGGAAUGUUUUAGAACUGACAGGGUCAACAGGAAUGUUCUAGAACGUACAGGGUCAACAGGAAUGUUCUAGAACUGCCAGGGUCAACAGGAAUGUUCUAGAACUGACAGGGUCAACAGGAAUGUUCUAGAACGUACAGGGUCAACAGGAAUGUUCUAGAACUGCCAGGGUCAACAGGAAUGUUCUAGAACUGACAGGGUCAACAGGAAUGUUCUAGAACGUACAGGGUCAACAGGAAUGUUCUAGAACUGCCAGGGUCAACAGGAAUGUUCUAGAACUGACAGGGUCAACAGGAAUGUUCUAGAACGGACAGGGUCAACAGGAAUGUUCUAGAACUGCCAGGGUCAACAGGAAUGUUUUAGAACUGACAGGGUCAACAGGAAUGUUCUAGAAUGGACAGGGUCAACAGGAAUGUUCUAGAACGGACAGGAUCCACAGGAAUGUUCUAGAACUGCCAGGGUCAACAGGAAUGUUCUAGAACUGACAGGGUCAACAGGAAUGUUCUAGAAUGGACAAGGUCAACAGGAAUGUUCUAGAAUGAACAGGGUCAACAGGAAUGUUCUAGAACUGCCAGGGUCAACAGGAAUGUUCUAGAACGGACAGGGUCAACAGGAAUGUUCUAGAACUGACAAGGUCAACAGGAAUGUUCUAGAACUGACAGGGUCAGCAGGAAUGUUCUAGAACGGACAGGGUCAACAGGAAUGUUCUAGAAUGGACAGGGUCAACAGGAAUGUUCUAGAACUGACAGGGUCAACAGGAAUGUUCUAGAACUGACAGGGUCAACAGGAAUGUUCUAGAAUGGACAGGGUCAACAGGAAUGUUCUAGAACUGACAGGAUCCACAGGAAUGUUCUAGAAUGGACAGGGUCAACAGGAAUGUUCUAGAACUGACAGGGUCAACAGGAAUGUUCUAGAACGGACAGGGUCAACAGGAAUGUUCUAGAACUGACAAGGUCAACAGGAAUGUUCUAGAACUGCCAGGGUCAACAGGAAUGUUCUAGAACUGCCAGGGUCAACAGGAAUGUUCUAGAACUCUGUUGACCACUAGAAUCUACAUGACUGAUUCUAGUCCAGAGUUCUGCAGGACCAGAAGACAUUUUUAUAUCCAGAGUGUUUCAGAGCACCUCGUUCUCGCCAGCUUGACCUUCAGAUGCUGCAGUUCAGCAGAGAAGAACUCAGAACCAGAGUGUGUCUGUGUUCAACUGCACCUACAGCUCACAUUGCCCUCAAGCCAUGGGAUACACUACAAGACAUUUAGAAUCCUAACGCCGGUUAAAAGUCACAUUUAAGGAUCACCGUUCAUUAAGUCCUGAGUCUUGUUUCCUAACAGUGUGCUGUGCUCAUUUAACAACAUGGCUAACAUACGGGAGAAACACAAGGUGCUGUGAUCUUCUAGCUCGUGUCCGUCUGGCUGUAGAGGCUCUGUACAGAAGGAGAGUUGUAUCUUUCUACCAUGGAGGAACAGAGGGAGUUUUACUGAGAGAACACCCAUGACGUCACUAGGUCAAACAGCCAGUAAACCAGCCAGUCAGGCAGUCAGUCAGUAAAAAAAGUCAGCCAGUAAACUAUCCAGCCAGUCAGUAAAUUAGCCAGUCAGUAAAACAACCAGUAAACCAGUCAGUCAGUAAAGCAGUCAGUCAGUCAGUAAACCAGUCAGUCAGUCAGUAAACCAGCCAGUCAGUAAAUUAGCCAGUCAGUAAAACAACCAGUAAACCAGUCAGUCAGUAAACCAAUCAGUCAGUCAGUAAACCAGUCAGUCAGAAACCCAGCCAGUCAGAAAAACAAGUCUACCAGCCAGUCAGUCAGUAAACCAGCCAGUCAGUGAACCAGUCUACCUGCCAGUCACUCAGUAAACCAGUCUACCAGCCAGUCAGUCAGUAAACCAGUCUGCCAGCCGGUCAGUCAGUAAACCAGUCUGCCAGCCGGUCAGUCAGUAAACCAGUCUGCCAGCCGGUCAGUCAGUAAACCAGUCAGUCAGUAAAUUAGUCUACCAGCCAGUCAGUCAGUAAAGCAGUCUGCCAGCCAGCCAGUCAGUCAGUAAACCAGUCAGUCAGUAAACCAGUCAGUAAACCAGUCAGUCAGUAAACCAGUCUGCCAGCCGGUCAGUCAGUAAACCAGUCUGCCAGCCGGUCAGUCAGUAAGCCAGUCUGCCAGCCGGUCAGUCAGUAAACCAGUCAGUCAGUAAACCAGUCAGUCAGUAAACCAGUCAGUAAACCAGUCAGUCAGUAAGCCAGUCUGCCAGCCGGUCAGUCAGUAUACCAGUCUGCCAGCCGGUCAGUCAGUAAACCAGUCUGCCAGCCGGUCAGUCAGUAUUCUGCCUACAUGUUGCAGUAUUCUCCCUACUCACAUACAUUAUAUCUGCAUUCCCAAUGGCCCCCUAUUCCCUUCAUAGUGCACUACUUUAGGCUUGGCCUUAAGGGCCUCUGGUCAGAAGUAGUGCACUAUAGGGAUUAGGUUUCCAUUUGGUCCAUUCCUCUACAGUUUAAACCCAGAGACAUGCCCAAGCACACAGGCAUACUGUAGUUCUAGGAGAGAGUGUAGCAGUGUUUGUUUAGGAACUACAGAUCCCAGCAUGUCCUCUGUUACCAGACUGUGGGAGCGUUCUUUUAGGAACUACAGAUCCCAGCAUGUCCUCUGUUACCAGACUGUGGGAGCGUUCUUUUAGGAACUACAGAUCCCAGCAUGUCCUCAGUUACCAGACUGUGGGAGCGUUCGUUUAGGAACUACAGAUCCCAGCAUGUCCUCUGUUACCAGACUGUGGGAGCGUUCGUUUAGGAACUACAGAUCCCAGCAUGUCCUCAGUUACCAGACUGUGGGAGCGUUCGUUUAGGAACUACAGAUCCCAGCAUGUCCUCUGUUACCAGACUGUGGGAGCGUUCGUUUAGGAACUACAGAUCCCAGCAUGUCCUCUGUUACCAGACUGUGGGAGCGUUCGUUUAGGAACUACAGAUCCCAGCAUGUCCUCUGUUACCAGACUGUGGGAGCGUUCGUUUAGGAACUACAGAUCCCAGCAUGUCCUCUGUUACCAGACUGUGGGAAUGUGACUCGAUGACAGCGGAUCAUGAGGAAAACGGAGACUUAUUGAAUAUCAUAUGGCGUUCUGAUUUUGUUGCUAUUUUUGUUGUUUACAACAUAUGAUGUUGCUCCCCAGGAGUUUACAGUAUCAUAUCUCCAUGGAAACUGUCCUUGUGGUUUUUACAGAUCCCAGCCUCGUCCUAGUCUGGUCCCAGAUCUAUUGAAUACAAACAGUUAGCUAGACAGCAGAACCGGUCAAGAACCAGGCUCAUCCAGCUAGUACAUUCGGUCCCACAUUUCCCUCUCAGAGUCACUUAAAGGGCCGGUCUGGGAUUUAAAGAGCCGGUCUGGGAUUUAAAGGGCCGGUCUGGGAUUUAAAGAGCCGGUCUGGGAUUUAAAGAGCCAGUCUGGGAUUUAAAGAGCCGGUCUGGGAUUUAAAGGGCCGGUCUGGGAUUUAAAGGGCCGGUCUGGGAUUUAAAGGGCCAGUCUGGAAUUUAAAGGGCCAGUCUGGGAUUUAAAGGGCCGGUCUGGGAUUUAAAGGGCCGGUCUGGGAUUUAAAGGGCCGGUCUGGGAUUUAAAGUGCCGGUCUGGGAUUUAAAGGGCCGGUCUGGGAUUUAAAGAGCCAGUCUGGGAUUUAAAGGGCCGGUCUGAGAUUUAAAGAGCCGGUCUGGGAUUUAAAGAGCCAGUCUGGGAUUUAAAGGGCCGGUCUGGGAUUUAAAGGGCCGGUCUGAGAUUUAAAGGGCCGGUCUGGAAUUUAAAGAACCAGUCUGGGAUUUAAAGGGCCCGUGUGGGAUUUAAAGGGCUGGUCUGGGAUUUAAAGAGCCAGUCUGGGAUUUAAAGUGCCGGUCUGUGAUUUAAAGGGCCGGUCUGGGAUUUAAAGGGCCGGUCUGAGAUUUAAACGGCCAAUCUGGGAUUUAAACGGCCAAUCUGGGAUUUAAAGGUCCACUCCUGUGGUAUGGUUUGUGUAACAGAGGUGUUGUUACUACAGUCUGCUCCCAGACCAGUUGUUACUAUAGAUAUCUGUUGAUUAGAGAGUAACCCUCUGUGUCUGUCUGUGUCCUAAAUCAGCCUGUCUAUAUACUGUACGUCUGCCUGAUAAUAAAUAUCUAAACUAUACUAAACUAACUCCUAUCAGUAGUCUCUGUGAUGGUUAAAUGGAACCAUAAAGAUAUAUUUCAUUAGGUUAUCAUCAUUUAUUGGUUUGAUUAUGGACAUUUAAAACAUUGAAUUAAAACAUUGAAUUAAAACAUUGAAUUAAAACAUUGAA